AUGCGGCCCGGCAAGCCGCCGAGUGUCCAAGAGCUUGUGGCGCAAGCCGAGAACUUCGCCUUCAACGUCAACAUACCGCUCCGACACUGGAUACGAACAGCAGAGACGCUAUGCCAGGAGGCGGCGUUUGCCAUGUCCGACAGCGAUUACGGCCGAGCCUACAUGAUGCUGUACCGACACUCCGUUCUCGUUCUGAAUUACUUGUCUACGCAUCCAGAGUACAAAGAUACCCUCGCGCGUAAAUCCGUCAAAGCCCUGCAAGCCCGGAUCGGCGAUGUCAUUCAAGAGUUGGAAAUGCUCAAACCGGCGAUCGAGGGUAGCCGUCAAGAAUGGGAGCGGAUGCAGCCAGAGAAGCGACAAUAUCACAUAUCAACUGACGGCGCGGCACCCUCGUAUGCUGGGUUCGCAGCGCAGGACCCUACUCUUCAACGUCAGACGACUAUUCUUGACGCCGCAGAGCACCAGGACUUGGCGGUGGACCUUGCCCAGGAGGAACUCGACCGCCGGACUCGUGUGCGACGCACCAAGCAGGACAGUUACAACGCGAGAACCACUUCGCUUCGACCUUACUUCGAUAGUUGGCGGAACAAUUAUCUUGGCAGCUCGGAGGAUGUGGACUUGCAGCAGCAAAUGGCCGCGGUUCGCAACAACCUGGAUCGCAGUGCGGAGGCAGCGAAUGAUGUCGAUGCGCAUGGCCAGGGCCGUUCAGACACAAGACAAUACUAUUAUCCGUCGGUCUCCAAAUCGCGCCCGAUAGAGGUCCUUCGUGAGCAGCAGCCUGCAGUGCCACCCAAGUUCCCUGCCUUGGUCCCGGAACGGCCACCCAAAGAGUCGCCACAGACGUGGGACGCAGGCGACAAGCCACCAAUACCUCCACCGAGCUACAAUCAAUCAUCCAGACCGACCGUGCCUCCAAAGGCACCCCUUUCCGCACCAACGGUGCCCAAGAAGGAGCGACUUACAUUUAAGCCCGGCGCUUAUCUGGAGAAUGGAGAUCCUAUCCGGUCCAUGUUCAUACCCAGCAAGCUUCGAAGGACGUUUUUGGAGAUUGCAGCAAAGAACACGGCCGCAGGGCUCGAGAUGUGCGGAAUCCUCUGCGGUAGUCCGGUGAACAAUGCGCUGUUUGUACGUUGCCUCAUUAUACCGGACCAAAUAUGCACCUCGGACACCGUAGAGACCGUCAACGAGGGUACGCUAGCCGAGUAUUGCAUGAAUGAGGAUUUGCUGGUGCUGGGGUGGAUUCACACGCACCCGACGCAAACUUGCUUCAUGAGCUCGCGGGACUUGCAUACGCAUGCCGGUUAUCAGAUUAUGAUGCCGGAAAGCGUGGCCAUUGUGUGCGCGCCAAAGUUCAACCCCUCAUAUGGUAUUUUCCGAUUGACGCACCCGCCUGGGCUGAAUCAUAUUCUCGACUGCAAGCAGACGAGCACAUUUCACCCACACUCAGUUGACAACCUGUACUGUGAGACGGAGCAUCCGACCGGACACGUUUACGAAAGUGACAAGCUGCCAUUUUAUGUGCAGGAUCUCAGAACGUCGGGAGAUAAGCAGAAGUAG